UGGUCCCCUGGGAUGGGCAGGGCCAUGGGUGACCUAUUUAUGCUGUGGGUGGCUGUGGGCAUGUACUCUGCCACCUUCAGUGCCUCUGCCUGGUCAGUGAACAAUUUCCUGAUAACAGGUCCCAAGGCCUAUCUAACCUACACUACCAGUGUGGCCUUGGGUGCCCAGAGUGGCAUUGAAGAAUGUAAGUUCCAGUUUGCAUGGGAGCGAUGGAACUGCCCUGAAAAUGCUCUGCAGCUCUCCACUCACAACAGGCUAAGGGGUGCCACCAGAGAGACUUCCUUCAUUCAUGCUAUCAGCUCUGCCGGAGUCAUGUACACCAUCACCAAGAACUGUAGCAUGGGCGACUUUGAAAACUGUGGCUGUGAUGAGUCAAAAAAUGGAAAAACAGGAGGCCAUGGCUGGAUCUGGGGAGGCUGCAGCGACAAUGUGGAAUUUGGGGAAAGGAUCUCCAAACUCUUUGUGGACAGUUUGGAGAAGGGAAAGGAUGCCAGAGCCCUGAUGAAUCUACACAACAACAGGGCCGGCAGGCUGGCAGUGAGAACCACCAUGAAAAGGACUUGCAAAUGUCACGGCAUCUCUGGGAGUUGCAGCAUCCAGACAUGCUGGCUGCAGCUGGCUGACUUCAGGGAGAUGGGAGACUACCUGAAGGCCAAGUAUGACCACGCUCUGAAAAUUGAGAUGGAUAAGCGAAGGCUAAGGGCUGGAAACAGCGCAGAGGGCCACUGGGCUCCCACUGAGGCCUUCCUUCCUAGUGCAGAGGCCGAGCUGAUCUUUUUAGAGGAAUCUCCAGACUACUGUACCCACAAUGCCAGCCUGGGCAUCUAUGGCACAGAGGGUCGUGAGUGUCUGCAGAACAACCACAACACAUCCAGGUGGGAGCAACGCAGCUGUGGGCGCUUGUGCACUGAGUGUGGGCUGCAGGUGGAAGAAAGGCGAACUGAGGCCAUGAGCAGCUGUAACUGCAAAUUCCAGUGGUGCUGUACGGUCAGGUGUGACCAGUGUAGGCAUGUGGUGAACAAAUACUACUGUGUGCGCAACCCAGGCAGAACCCAGUUCCCGGGCAAGGGCAGUGCCUGGUGAUACCACCCACAAACUCACGUGCACAACUGCAUAAAAGAGAAGAGAGGGACACAGCUCCUCAAUUGGAAGGAGUAGACUCAAAUCACAGGGUUAAAUUGUGGUUUUUAUGAUAUCUCCUAUACAUGGGGAAAUGGAGGGCUCAGACUAUACAGCAUAUUUUUGGCAGAGCUGAAAUUAGAACCUGAGUCUCCUAACUUUGUGGGCCCAAUCUUUUCUGCAAGUUACUUCCUGGCCUUUGUGCCUAUACUUAACACAGCUUGCUAAGAGGAGAGUUUGUUUUGGGGCCCACAUCCAAAGGAACCUCAAAGUAUUUGUUCCUUUAAGUUUCAGACCAUGUCCAGCCCAGCUGUGCUUCUGCGAAUCAGAGGGAAGUGAAUCACAAAAUGAAAAAGUUCUGUUCAGACCCCUGAAG